UGGGUAAAAAAGGAAGGUGCAGGAGGAAGAAAGAACAGCGACCCUCUUCUCUGUCUGGGGGUUUAAUUCAAUUACAGAGAUAUCAGUUCCCUCUCAAGCAGCCAAUUUCCAUUCAUAUUUUGAAUUGUUUAUUUUCUCGGCUUUCUUUCUACAAGGUGAUUGUAAAGAACAAACACUCACUACUGAAAAAGGAGCAACAAAGAGAAAGAAAAGGAGAGAGAGAAAGAAAGAGACGACAGACUGAGGACAAUACACACACAGAGAGAAACAGAAAGAGGAGAAUUCAAGAAGCUUUCAAUACCGCAGAAGGGAAAACGAUGUCUUAGAGCUUUGCAUCCAUUCAUACUCUGCAACUCCAAGAGAGAGGGAAGUGUGCACUAGAGUGCAAAAGGAGGCGAUGAUGAAGAAGAAGAUACUGAUAUGGGAAUAGCAACACUGCAACUUUUAUCAGUUCUUUCUCACUCAACGGCUCACCAUCAAAUUCAAGUUCAAGUCAAGUCAAUUACCUCGAAUUCUAUGUCCCAGGAUUACCACCAAGGCAUCUAUAGUUUCUCGAAUGGCUUCGAGAGAUCACCCAUAACUCACCAAGAACAACAACACCAGCACAUAGCACAACAGAUCCGCAGAGACAAACUUAGACUCCAAGGCUAUGAACCACCAGCACCACCCUUGGUAGGUAUUGAAGAGGAAGAAUCUAGUGGUCUACCUGUAUACGACACAGGCGGUAUGUUAUCUGAAAUGUUCAAUUUCCCCUCUGGAGGAACUGCCUCUACUGAAUUAUUAGACCAUCAGAUACCGUCUAAUUACCGACCUCCACGGCCAACGGCCGCCAGUGAGUGGUUUGGUAACAGACAAGGUAUGCUCGGGGGUUUGAGUUCGUUAGGUGACUCAAAAAAUCUCAAUGACCGAGACAGUUUAUCUCAUCAUCAUCAGAUUUCAAGCAUUAAUGCAGACUCAGCUGCAGCCAUGCAGCUUUUCUUGAUGAAUCCACAGCCAAGAUCACCUUCUCCAACUCCUCCUCCUCCCCAUUCAACUUCUUCCACACUUCACAUGUUGCUACCUAACCCUUCAACUUCUCUUCAAGGCUUUAACGUAUCAGGAACAGGAAGCGCUUUUGGAACUAGCAGUGUCAUUCCUCCACCACAAUAUACAUGGGUUCCUGAUAGUAACCAUCAAGGAGGCAACACUGUUGCUCAAAUCAACAACCCAAGUGAAAUGGGAGGGGUAGUGGAAGGUCAAGGCCUUUCUCUUUCCUUAUCGUCAUCUUUGCAGCACUUGGAGGCUGCAAAAGCAGCAGAAGAAUUGAGGAUGGGAGAUGGCGGGUUGUUGUUUUACCAUCAAGGAGAGGGUUCUUCUUCAUCACAGUAUCAGUACAAGAAUUUGGGCAGUCAACAGCAGCCAUUGCAUUUGGGUGGUGGAGUGGGUCAAAACUACCAGGUUCGUGUUGGGUAUGGGUCUUCAUUAGGAGUGGUGAAUGUUUUAAGGAAUUCUAAGUAUGUUAAAGCUGCCCAAGAAUUGUUAGAAGAAUUUUGUAGUGUGGGAAGGGCUCAGUUCAAAAAGAGCAAAUUUGGUCGGAGCAAUACAAACCCUAGUUCCAAUCCUGGAAGUAGUGGCGGUGGUUCUUCCUCAUCCACCAAGGAUCUCCCUCCUUUGUCACCUGCUGAUAGAGUUGAGCAUCAAAGAAGGAAGGUCAAAUUAUUAUCAAUGCUUGAUGAGGUGGAUCGAAGAUACAACCAUUACUGUGAACAAAUGCAGAUGGUGGUGAACUCAUUCGAUCUGGUGAUGGGAUUCGGUGCUGCAGUUCCUUACACUGCCCUGGCACAGAAGGCGAUGUCUAGGCAUUUCCGGUGUCUAAAGGAUGCAAUACAAGCACAGCUGAAGAACAGCUGUGACAUACUAGGUGAAAAAGACGGUGCAGGGACGUCAGGCAUAACAAAAGGAGAAACCCCAAGGCUUAAGUUGCUUGACCAAAGCCUGAGGCAGCAAAGGGCAUUUCACCAAAUGGGUAUGAUGGAACAAGAGGCUUGGAGACCACAAAGAGGGCUGCCUGAACGAUCUGUCAACAUUUUGAGAGCCUGGCUUUUCGAGCAUUUCCUUCACCCAUAUCCAAGCGACGCAGAUAAGCAUCUGUUGGCUCGGCAGACUGGUUUAUCGAGAAAUCAGGUUUCAAAUUGGUUCAUAAAUGCGAGGGUUCGACUGUGGAAGCCAAUGGUAGAAGAGAUGUAUCAGCAAGAGACGAAAGUAGAAGAAGGACUAGAAGAGAGAGAAAGAGGGAUUGCACAAACACCAACGCAUUCAACAACAACAACAACAAUGGCACAAGCUGCCACAACGGCAUCAACGCCAACAGCAACUACACCAACAGGCAAAAGAUCCGAAUUCAAUGACCUAGAAAGUGACCCUUCACUAAUGGCAAUCAAUAGACAAUGCUUCUCGGAAACCCAAGCAAAACAGUCUUCUUCUUCCACCAAUAUUAUUACCUCCAUCACCACCACUACUAUCCCCAUUAAUGAAGCGGCGCCACCUAUUUCCCCCUCUUUUCCGGUCACCCACAUCGUCGAUGACAAUUGUCGACGUGGCAAUGUACUUCCAGGUGAUUAUGGGACCACUUCUGCGAAUCCUGUUGAGAUAGGCUCGACUCUUAUAAGGUUUGGUACCACUUCUGGUGACGUGUCACUCACUCUAGGGCUACGUCAUACUGGAAAUGUGACUGAGAACACUUCUUUCACAGUUAGAGAUUUUGGAGGCUGCUGAUUAUAUUUCUCUAGCUCAUUAACUCUUUUAAGAUUUUAAACCCCAUUUCCUUUUACAUUUUAUCCUCCUCCAGUCUAUUACGAAGAAAAUACAUAUUGGAAUUCGUAGCAUAUAAAUAUUAUACAUAUAUUAAGUUAGGUAGUGGUAUGGGUUUGUUGUAAUUGUAUAGUAGAUUGCCAUGGAUCCUUUGCUCAAAUAUGUGCUACACGUUUUGGAACCUUUAGAAUUCUA